AUGGCACGGUUUUGGUUUGGAUGCAACAGCCUGAUCGCCGUGAUAAUGCGUGUUCCCGAGCCCUCCUUGUCUUUGCGUGUCCAAGCUACGAAGCCCGAAGUGCUAGGCCCAGGGGCGCAGGCCACGGACGGCGCCACCGUCGAGAGGGUGAUGUCAGCAGUCGGCGUGUGCGAGAAGUUGGGCGACGAGAAGCUUCUGGACGCUGUCACCGGGCUUUCGGGCAGUGGUCCGGCCUACGUGUACAUGAUGAUCGAGGCCAUGGCAGAUGGUGGCGUGAGAAACGGCCUGCCCCGCGACGUGUCGAUGAAGCUGGCCGCGCAGACGGUGAUGGGCGCGGCCAAGAUGACAAUCUCGGGCGACAAGCAUCCCGCCCAGCUCCGCAAUGCCGUGGAGUCCCCGGGUGGCACCACCAUCGCAGGGACCACAACCCUGGAAGCCACCGGCUUUCGGAACGCCGUGAUCUCGGCAGUGACGGCCGCGAAGGAACGAGCAACGGAGCUGGGAAAGCUCUGA